GCUAUUCGUCAAAAUUUCUUGGCAAACUGGAAACAUUCAAGCAAAAUUGUUUAGUUAUUUAAUAAAAUUAGUUUAUGGCCAUACGUCAAAAUUUCUUGAUAAACUGAAAAUUCUAAAACAAAAUUAUUUACUGGGAAUUUAGAAUACUUUUUCACGAGGCUUCAUUUACCUGUUUAUGGAAGCUAUAAACGAUCUCCAUAGAUAUAAAUUUCCUAACGUUGUUCAAGAAGUCAUCUGCAUUGUAAAAUAUCAGAAUAUUUUUCUUCUUUUUGCUCCUUAUUUUAUAGCGAAGAUGUUAAAAUGUAAUCAUUAUUGGAACUCCCUGUACAUGCAUGAUUCGAUGAUAUAAAUACUACAUCUAAAUUACAUUGAGUUGCAUAUACAAAUUAAAAACAGAAGAACACAAGUACUUGUCUUUUACUAUCGGUUUCACGCUUUCUCGAGUUUCCAUAGGACUAGGUUUUUACGAUAUUGUAUUCAAGAACUGGGAAAUUUUACUGAGGAUCAUGAUGAGUAAAAAUAAUGAAAAUGGUAUAUCCCUGGCGACGCCUCCAGCCAUACAUGUUGGUCCCAUAGUGAAUCCAGGAACCAAUGAAACCAUCUCUAUUGUAAUUCCAUUAUCAGCACAGUUGGCCACAGUUACCAGUCAGAAAAUUGAAAAAUCUUGCAAAGAUUACACCAAGGAUGGCAAACAGUCGUCCAAUAAUGUUCACUCUCGGCUAAGAAACGAUAAAACCAAAGGAUGUCCUUAUCCUGGCUGCACCAGGUAUGGGAGAGCCUUCUCGAGGGCACACGACCUGAAACGACACAUUGCUCGUCACGAAAUGAGAAAAGAAAAGCUGCACGAUUAUGAAAAUUACACUAUGGUCGGCAAACAAAAUGGGAAGGAAAGUAACGAGAAUAUAGCAAAUGGAAUAAUUGAUAGACAACAUAUGGUUUGGAAUGAUGAAUCACGCGAGAGUAAAUCUUAUUCUUGUUUGCAUUGCAAGAAGAAGUACACUAGUGAGAUUAAGCUCAGAGCUCACAUGAGCUCCCAUGAAAAGGUUCUGGGUAAGAAUGUGUGUGCUCUGUGUGGAACAUGUUCCCGGGAUGAGGAGGAAUUACAAGAGCAUAUGAAGCAACACACAGCAAACAUGUUGGAAGCUCAAGCAGUGUUAGAAAAGAGUGAAAGGGGACAACAACCAGAAAAAGAAGACGACUUCUUGCUUGAAGAGAUGUUGCUUCUGAAUAAGAAUCCUCGAAGAAUUGCGCAACCAGUGAAAAAUAAUUCGAAUACAGCAUCCAAGAUAAGAUGUGACUACUGUUCCAAGACUUUCAAGACCAAAUGGACAUUGAGCUCCCACGUGGCGGCUCACGAAGGCCGUUUUCAAUUCGACUGCGGUCAGUGUGGCAAGAAAUUUGUCAGAAAGAGUCACUACGAAGGUCACAUGAGAUCUCACGAAGCAGCACGACCUUAUGUCUGCGAACAAUGCGGGAAAACGUUUAAAGAAUUGAAGCACAGGAGGGAACAUACUAAGAGGAAGCACCCCACUAACCAGAACGCGAUUCAAACGCUUUUGGACAGCAUCAGUCCGUGUGCAUCCGAUGAAUUACCGGUGGAUCAGGCCAAAUUCACACUCCUGAUGCCUGUUAAUUUCUCUGUCUAAGAUCCCCAAUGUAGUUCUGCCCUGAAAUAAUGGAAGAUGGUUAUAAAUAAAUGUAUAAUUUUUAGUUUUGUAAUUUUCUAAUUUUUAAGCCGACUUUUUAAUUUUUUUAAUUUUAAAUCUUAAAUAGAGGAUCUUAAGGAAUUUUGUUUAAUUUGGCUUGAAAAUCUUGCUGAUAUGAGGUUUGGCUAUAAGACAAAUUAGAAGAUUCCAGAUUUUAUUAACGGGAUGGAAUGGAAUGAAUUGGAGGAUUAAUAAUGAAAACAGGGUUUGAAAAAUUAAAUUAAGUCUUACGAAAGUUUCUAGUGGCGAAACCGAUGAAGAACUGACGCUGUUUGUUUAUAAUAAGGAGAUUGUUAAAUUAUUUUGAAGUGAUGCCCAUUGUGAGAUAAGAUUUUAAGGCAUCUUUAGAUUGAAAACCUCUUAUUAAUCCUCAUUUAAUCUCUUCAAUUUAUUUUACAAUGUAAUUGUAAAAAUUCGAAGAUGUACAAUCAAUGUGACAACUGCAACUACAAUUGCAACUAUUGUAUACUCGAAAAAAAUUGCUAUGCUUAAUUAUAAAGUACAUAAUUGAUUACAUGUAAUUUAAGUAAUUUUAAGUUCCUAUCCUAUAUGUCGGUGUCUAAUGAUCGACAGAGCUGUAUAUUAUUUUCAAUUUUCAUUUAUCGGAACGACACACAAACCAAAGACAAUCUCGACUUUAAAAUGACGUACAACUUGUACAUAAUCUAAUAAAUUGAUCGCAAAAGAAA